CUGAUGCAUCUCAUUCCAUCUCCCCUUUUCAUGUAAUCACGUCGUGACUAUUUAUUCGACGGGCCAAAAGCGAGAGAAACAGUGUCGAGUGUCGAGAUAUCAGUGAAUAUGAAGUAUCUCCUCGUUUGCAGCGUGGUCGCUUUGCUGGGACUCUCUGUCCUUGGAGCUCCCUCGGAGUCUAGUUCCUCCAGUUCUGCCAGCCUUUACAGCGACCGAGAGAAACGCAGCCCCCAAGGUGGCUCUCAAAAUUGCGGCCCACCACCGAAUGGAUCACCAUGCGGGCCACCUCCAGGAUCACCUCCAGGCCCACCCCCAGGUAUGUCUCCUGACGAUAUGGCUCAAUCGGGGCACACAAUGUCGCAGUCUGGAUCGUCUGGAUUCGUGAGUGGAGAUAUGAACAGAAGCAGAAGGGCUACUCAAGUAGGUGGAGACGGUGGUAGAGGAAGAGGGCGAGGAGGUGGUGAUAUGGGAGGUGGUAUGGGUGGUGGAUUUGGAGUUGGCAUGGGUACUAACGUUGGUGCUGGAGGUCAACAUGGAGGUGGCAUGGGAUAAAUAAAUCCACGAACGUCGUAGCUUUAAGGUUAUAGACAUAGAAUUCUAGAAAUGGUUAUGAAACUGCUGAUGUAGUGUAGAUUAGCACAUUGAAAUAAAUCAAUUGAUAAAAAAACAACUUGUCUUUGAAGUAUC